CUUCCCCGAGUCAAGCAUUAUCCAAUCCAUCAAUCAAUCAUCAUGUCUGGAAAGAUGGGAAGUGUGAUCAUCGCCGUCGACGGUAGCGAGGAGAGCAUGGCCGCCUUGAGAUGGGCGCUCGACAAUCUCAAGCUUCGGACUCCUGCGCCCGAUUCCGACGAAGCCCCUGGUACCUUCGUCAUCCUCCACGUCCAGUCUCCACCCAACAUCGCUACCAUCCUCAACCCCGGCAGCAUCCCCUUCGGUGGACCCAGCGCUGCGGAGCUGGAGGUGCCUGCGUUCACUCAGGCGAUAGAGACGCACCAGCAGAGAAUUACAAAUGCGAUCCUUGAUCGUGCUUUGGAGAUUUGUGCUGGGAAGAAUGUGAAUUACAGAACCGAAGUGUUAAUUGGUGAGCCGAAGGAGAAAAUUUGUGAAGCUGUUGAGAAUCUGCACGCUGAUUUGCUUGUGAUGGGUUCCCGUGCUUUUGGCCCCAUUAAAAGGAUGUUUCUGGGAAGUGUAAGCAACUAUUGUCUGAAUCACGCACAAUGUCCUGUUUUCGUAGCUAAGCACAAGGACAACUCCUCUUAAUUAGCAGGUAUGAGACAAUCCAUGUCAUCAUAAUUGAGCUUCAUCUAGUUCAUUUCCAUCCAUAAGCUGGUCAAAUAAAAACAUAGGACAGUCAUUAUAAACAACAAAAGUUUCAUCCAGUUCAGUCCCAUAUUUUGGCUAUAACACCAACUUCCAUGUUAGUUUGCCUAUGCACAUGCAAGACUUCACCUUCACGUUGGGGAAUCAUAUCCGAUUGCUUACAUCUUGUGCUAAUAUUGUUAGACAAAGUUGAGUGGAUCUGUGUGGCACUGACUGCUACUACUUUUCUUUGUACGGUGGAGUUGUUUUGAUUUGAAGUUUAGGCUUCUCAAUUACAAGCUCUGCUGCCUCUUCUAUUCCGUUUUGAUAGAAAACUUCUAGCAUACCCUCCUAUUGUCUUUGUUAAUCAAAUGAUGAUACUAUAUUAAUUCUUUUAGUUCAUGCAAUUAUAUUGUCCCAUGUCCAAAUAAUAUUUGUAAUUUGCUAAACCAGUGAUUCAGAGAUAGGCCUCAUGAAUCGUUUAUAAAUAAUUAAAAACUUU